AUGCAGUUCGAGUCCGCACUAAGGACUUUGGAAGAGCAGGAAGAUCCCCAAGAUCGAAGUGUUGAAGACCGCAUUGCAGACACUGUGUCCAAGGCGGGCCCCUCCGUGCUGCUGUCGUCUACCACCAACAUCAUCGCAUUUGCUUUGGGAGCCGGUACUCCCAUGCCGGCGCUGGCCUCGUUCUGUAUAUACACAAGUGUGGGCAUGGCCGCAGACUUCAUCUUCCAGAUUACAUUCUUCAUUGCCGUGCUGACUUUGGAUGAGAGGAGGCGGCGGUGUGGUCCGACGUGCUCAGCUCUCCCAAUGUCUUGUUGCUCUGACCUCAGAUCGCCCGGCCGGAGUGUCUUUCAGGGCGCGGCCAAGUCACUGACCUCGUCGCUAUGGUUGAGAACCAUAGUGCUGGUCCUGUGGCUGGCGCUGAUGGUUGGUUCUACGGUGGUGGCUUUCGACCUGAAGGUGGGCCUGGAGCCCCAGGACCUGGUCCCAAGCAGCUCACCGACUGCGGUGUACUUUCAGCAGCUGGCGGUGCUUCCUUCAGAGGCGGAGUUUCCAGAGGUCCUCGUGCAGCACGAGGAUGUAGUCGACGCGUCGCUGCAAUUGGGUGUUGCAUCUCUCGAAGAUGCUUCCACACAGAGAGGAUUGCUGAAGCUGUACAGAUCUCUGCUGGCAUCCUCGGAUGUGGUUGAUGCCUCCGGACUGCUUUGGCUCAAUCCGCGGACGGAGUCUUUGACUGCAACUCGCAUCCAGCUGCUCGCCAAAAAUUAUACGCCCCAGAAGAUGCUGUCGCUCCGAGCCACCGUGGAUGCCGCGAACUUGCAACUGCAGAAGGCUGCGUUUGUGUAUUCUCCGUCAGACGUAUAUCGAGAGCAAGAUGCUGUCCUUAUCCAGAACACCACCACAUCCUUGCUUUUUAUGCUCAUCGCAGUGCUGGCGGCAGUCUUCAUGCUAUCCUUCAAUUUUCCAAUGAUGGCCGCCCUGACGCUGGCUUUGUAUUCCUGCUGCGUGCAUAUGCUUGGUUGGAUGGUCCUGACUGGGCUGAAGCUCAACUCACUUUCGGUAAUUCCACUGCUGCUUUCGGUGGGCCUCUGCGUGGACUACUGUGCGCACAUAGCUCACUCGUUCUGGCACAUGCCUGGCGACUCCAAGUCCCGGGCUCAAGCCGCACUGCAGGGUCGUGGUCUGGCAGUAUUACACGCGGGCGUGAGCACCGGCCUCUCUCAGCUACCCUUAGCCUUCAGCCAGUCUGCUGUGUUCACCACGUUCUUUGUGAUGAUGACGGGCAUGGUUUUAGUUGGCCUUUUUCAUGCUUUGCUUGUCCUACCCAUUUGUUGUAGCUUCCUGCCAGAGCCACCGAGCAGGGAGCAGACUUCACCUCUGGGCCCAGAGUCGAAUACAGUUCCGGCAAAGAUCGGCCUGCCCAGAGACAAUAAUCCCACUUAG